AUGUCAGAUGACCAACCGCUGUCUGGUCGGCCACUGCCGUCGUCCUUCGACCAUGACGAGCGUUACAAAGAAACACCAUCACAAAAAGUUGUACGGAAACUUAAAGAAGAGCCUUUUAUUCCAAUUUUCACGACACUCACGGUUGUUGCCCUUGUGAAGGCUAUAAAAGCCAUUCGGCGUGGCGAUAGCCAUGAAGCCCAGCGCAUGUUUCGGGCCCGCAUUGCCUUUCACGCAUUGACGGUCGUAUCAAUGUGCAUUGGAGGCUGGUAUUACGCCGAGGACCGCAACAAGACAAAAGAGGCGUGGCAGGCUGAACAGCUCGCGAAAGCGGAGGAGCAGCGGGCGAAGUGGAUUCGGGAGUUGGAGAUUCGAGACGAGGAGGAAAAGGCUCUCCAGGAGAUGCUGGCAAAGAAGCGGAGGCGUGCGGCUGGCCGCGGGGGCAUCGCCGAGCCAAAGCCUCAAGGUGUCGCUGCCCAGGCGGAGGCGGCAUUCAAGGCAGCCAACAACGCUCCGGCUGGCUCGGAAGCUUUGGGUGUGACAGAAGCCCAAGGCCAGGCGAACAAUGCCGAUACGAAGUCAAAAGUUCCUCCAGCAUCAUUGGGAGGCUGGUUGGGAGGAUCAAAUACGCCCGGCCCAGAAGUAACAGCAGAAGACAAAAAGGACCAAAAGCCUUGA